AGGAAGAGUCUGAAAUGUGGAAGAUACGAGAGUGGGAGAAGCAGGCAGAAGAGACUUACUGGAGAAGGCAAAGCAGAAUGCUGUCUGACACCUCCACCAGUCGGAUGCGCAGUGACGGCUUCGACGAGGACAGCCACCGGCCCGACUGGAGGACAAGGAACUCCCAGUUCCUCGACCCCAUCGAAGAUGAUCUGCUCCGGGCCCGGUCCUGGAAUAAAAAGCUCUACGAAUGUGAAGCCAACUUGCCAGACAGAUGGGGUCACAGUGGCUACAAAGAAUUAUACCCGGAAGAAUUUGAUACAGAUAGCGACCAGCGAGAAGGAGAGGAGCAAAAUGCUGUGAAUGGGAAGAAGAAAUCUCACCCGGGAAAGCAACCUGCCCGAGAGUCGCACAAACGGAAAAAAACAAAGAAAUCACACAAGAAGAAACAAAAAAAAAGGUCACACAAAAAGCGGAAGAAAAAGAAAAAGGACCAGGCGAGAGCAUCAUCAGACUCUUCCCAGGAGAGCGAGUGCUCCGAAGAGACUUCGAGCACCCGGAAAGGGAAACACAAGCGCAAGAAAAAGACCAGGAAAGUGCCUGCCAGCAAACCUGCCUCUUCCUCAGGGCAGGAAAGUGACUUUUCCCAUGCAAGCAGCUCAACCACCAGCAGCUCUGAGGACAGCGAGUCCGAGGAGAGAAAAGAGAAAUGCCCCCCAAAGAAGAGAAAGAAACAUCACAGCUCUGUGUCCGAGAGGAUCAGCGAAGUACCGGAGAAGAAGAGCAAGAGGAAGAACUGGAAAGUGGCGGCCGACGAGAAAUCGGAGGAGAGCUCCGACGAGGACUAG